AUGGCGUCAGUUUCAGCAGACCUCUUCAUUGGCAAAUUUGUAGCAAUUCUCGACAGUGAAGCAGCCUCCAUAGCUGGUGUUGGUGAUCAAGUUGAUGAGAUUAAGCGGGAGCUGGAAUUCAUGAAAGCCUUCUUAGCGGAUGCUGACGGGCGCAACAAAGCACACACACAAGUAGAGGAGGUGUGGAUGAGAAGCGUUCGAGACUUGGCCAAUGAUGUGGAAAACAUCAUUGAUGAAUUCAUGUAUCACGUGUACGAGCAGCAAAUUGGAGGUCGAUUUGCCAGGUGGAUCCACAAAACCAUUCACUUUCCAAAGCACCUUUGGUAUAAGCGUAAAAUAGCCAACAAGUUAGAGAAAAUGGCUAUGGCAAUUAGAGCUAUUACAGAGAGAAAUCAGAGAUAUGGUGGUGGUGCUGCUGUAGAAGGAAAAAGUACUUCUUCUGAGGAUAUUCGCAGAUGGGUGCAGAAUCAAGCGGAGUCUUCUCUUUAUCAUAAGGAGGAUGAACUCGUCGGGAUUGAAGGUGAUAAGAACUUGUUAAUGGGAUGGCUGAUGAACAAAGAGCAACGCCAAACUGUUGUGUCUGUGGUCGGGAUGGGAGGAUCGGGGAAGACAACUCUAGUUGCAAGGACCUUCAAAGAUGAAAUUGUAAAGAGGCAUUUCGAAUGCUAUGCGUGGAUUACUGUUUCCCAGUCUUAUGUGAUUGAAGACUUACUUAGAAGAUUGAUCAAAGAAUUCCACAAAGAAAAGAAGGAAGAGGUCCCUGCAGAAAUGAAUGCCAUGAGUUAUAACGAAUUGUUGGAGAUGUUGGUGAACUACUUGGAGACUAAAAGGUACCUAGUUGUAUUGGAUGACGUGUGGGAUGUCCACCUUUGGGAGAAAAUAAGGUUUUCAUUUCCAGAUAAACAACUUGGAAGUCGAGUCAUGCUUACAACUCGAAGAGAAGACAUAGCAUCCUCUUCUUUCGGAGUUGAAAGCCAUGUUCACAAGAUUCAACCGUUGGAAAGGGGUGAUGCGUGGGAUCUCUUCAGCAUGAAAGCAUUCUCAAGUUAUCAGAACAAAUCUUGUUCACCUGAACUUCUGCCUUUAGCUCGGGAACUUGUGGAAAAGUGUGAAGGCCUACCACUCGCGAUCGUAGCCUUAAGUGGUCUCAUGUCUUCUAAGAAGUCACUUACAGAGUGGAGCACAGUCUACAACAGCUUAAGUUGGCAUCUAACAAACAAUUCUUUGUUAGAACCUAUGAAGAACAUCUUGUUGUUUAGUUUUAAUGAUUUGCCAUACCGAUUGAAGCAAUGCUUUCUAUAUUGUUCCCUUUUCCCUGAAGAUCAUGUGAUCAUAAAUUUAAGGCUCAUUAGAUUGUGGAUCGCUGAAGGAUUUGUUGAACAUGUCGAAGGGCUCACGCCAGAAGAAGUUGCAAAGAGCUAUCUUAUGGAACUCAUUUUUCGUAACAUGCUACAGGAAAGGUUUGUAGGAUCCAACCCAGCAUGUACGAUGCAUGAUCUUUUGCGGGAGAUUGCUCUGUCUAUAGCAAAAGAAGAAAAGUUUUGCGCUGUACAUGAUGGGAGUGAAACAGUAGAAGAAACUGGGGCACUCCGUUUGUCAAUUCAAACAACUAAGGGAGAAAUUGGAUCAUGCACAGGUAUAUCACGGCUUCGUUCGUUUCUCGUCUUUGCCACUGGCGUAUCCCCGUUCUCUUUCUCAAAUAAAUUACCUUUUGACCUUAAAUUGUUGAAGGUUCUAGAUUUGGAGGAUGUCCCACUUGAUCAUCUGCCAGACAAUCUAACGUCCUUAUUUAAUUUAAAAUCUUUAAAUUUGAGGGGAACUCCAAUUACUGAGCUUCCAGAAUCCAUUGGACAGCUCCGCAACCUUCAGACCUUGGACAUCAUGGGGACAAAAAUAGAGGCACUUCCAAGAGGGAUUUCCAAGUUGCUAAACUUACGCCAUUUAAUUAUGGGUCCAUGCUAUGAUAGUUCUAAGACUUAUUGGAAGUAUGACCCAGCUUACGUUCCUUGGCAUUACAAAUGUGAAAGAAAGAGACGAGGAGGACCUAUGUGCCUUAAUUCAAUAUUAUUUAAUUAG